AUGUCUCUCCAAAUUCUUGAUUCAGUCCGAACUUGCAAUCCAACUAGAGGAUUGCUCCCAUCUAAAAAUCCCAUCUCACCUAUACCAUCAGGAGCUGGCAAUGUUUCUGAUCAUCAUCCUUUACAAAGCACGACAAUCCUAAACAACUCGAGCACCGACUCCAUUACUGUUCGACGUUCAGCAGAUUACCGACCUACCAUUUGGUCCUAUGAUUAUAUUCAAUCACUGAGAAGUGAAUAUGGGGAGUCAUGCACAAAACAAGUAAUUGAGAAGCUGAAGGAAGAAUUGAGGAUGAUGUUUAAGGAAGUUGUUGAUCCUUUGAAGAAACUGGAGCUGAUUGAUGUCUUGCAAAGGCUUGGAUUAUCUUACCACUUCGAGGACGAAAUAAAGAGCAUUUUGGAAAGUAUAUACAAUACUACUCAUGGUGGUGGUGAUAUGCGCAAGGAGAGUUUAUAUGCCACAUCUCUUGGGUUUAGACUGCUAAGACAAAAUGGAUAUAAUGUGCCUCAAGAGAUUUUCAAUAGUUUCAAGGAUGAAAAGGGAAGUUUCUUGACACGCCUUUGUGACGACAUUGAGGGAAUGUUGGGUUUGUAUGAAGCCUCGUUCCUUUUAAUAGAUGGUGAAGGUAUCUUGGAAGAAGCAAGAGAUUUUUCAAUCAAGCAUCUUACAGGCUACUUGGAGAAAAGCAAAGACCAAAAUCUUUCUGCCAUGGUGAGCCAUGCUCUAGAGCUUCCACUCCAUUGGAGGAUGCUAAGGUUGGAAACAAGGUGGUAUAUUGAUGUAUAUAGGAGCAAAGAAGGCAUGAACCCUCUCUUGCUAAAACUUGCAGAACUGGAUUUCAACGUGGUACAAGCAGCCCAUCAAGAAGAUCUAAAACAAGCAUCAAGGUGGUGGAAGAGUACUGGGUUGGAAGAGACGUUGAGCUUUGCGAGGGAUAGGUUGAUGGAGAAUUUCUUCUGGACAGUGGGAGUAAUAUUUCAGCCUAAUUUUGGAUAUUGUAGGAGAAUGUUGACAAAGCUCAUCACACUGAUGACAAUAAUAGAUGAUGUUUAUGAUGUAUAUGGUUCUUUGGAAGAACUGGAGCUCUUCACAGAUGCCAUGGAGAGAUGGGAUACCAAUGCAAUGGAUCAACUCCCAUAUUACAUGAAGAUAUGUUUCCUUACUCUCCACAACGCCGUCAACGAAAUGGCUUUCGACGUGCUAAAGGAACAAGGAUUCCACAUCAUUCGAUACCUUAAGAAAGUGAUGGUAGAUUUGUGUAGAUCUUUUAUGUUGGAAGCUAAGUGGUUCUACACCGGAUAUAAACCAAGCUUUGAAGAAUACAUAGAGAAUGCAUGGAUCUCAAUUGCAGCACCAGUUGUAUUGGUGCAUGCAUAUUUUCUUGUCACGAAUCCAAUAACUACGGAAGCUUUGGAGUGCUUGGAAGGGUACCCAGAUAUAAUCCGUUGGUCAUCACUGAUAGGAAGGCUUACUGAUGAUCUUGGAACCUCUAAGAAUGAGCUAAAAAGAGGUGAUGUUCCUAAAUCAAUCGAAUAUUAUAUGAACGAAACCGAUGUUGAAGUUGAUGAAGAUGAUGCUCGUGAAUACAUAAGAUCUUCGAUUAGUGCGACGUGGAAGAAGAUGAAUAAAGAACAACUGAUCUUAACUUCUCCCUUAUCAAAAAUAUAUGUUGAAAGCGCUAUAAACCUUGUAAGAAUGGCCCAAUGCAUAUACCAGCAAGGAGAUGGACAUGGCGUUCAAGAUGGUGACACUCAGGAUCGUGUUUUGUCAUUACUUGUUCGUCCCAUUCUUAUAGAUAAAGAUCAUUAA